AUGAAUAGUUGUCCUUUAUGGAGGGCACCAAGUGCUACCAUUCAGCAGAUUGUCACUAUACCCUUUGAAGAUUGGGCUUAUGCUAUCGCAUUUGGUGCCUUCCUUAAAAUGAAUACAUGUUUGAAACAGGCUUUCAAAGAAAAGUGUGGUGUUGAUUUUACAAAAUUCUCCACUAAUGCUUUCAGUAAGCCGAACCUGAAGUUGGGUUCAAGUGAAGUAAGAAUGGAAGACGAUAUGGAAAGAAAGUUUGAUUCAUAAAUUUCUUUCUAUCCAUACAGAAGUUGGGUAAAGAACGUCAAGGACCAGAUCCCCCAUGCCGUGUGCGGGCAAGAAUAUGUUCUACAGGGCAAUCCGACGUCGUUUAAUGUCGUUAGGCAUCUCGAGCGUAAACACUAUCAUUACUUUACAUUAUUCAGAAAAGCCUUGAGUGGACACUACAAUCCUUCUCCACAAUUCUUCAACUUCCUUCAAACCCAUUUCUUUGACCAACACGUUUGUCAAAUUUUGGGCUCUCAAUAAAUAUAGCUCAAUCAGCUCCAUACAUACAGGGUCUGGGGGGAUUUGAUGAGAAGCAAUUCUACAGAAGGGGUACAGCUCAUCGAUCAAUCAAUUCAUUGCGUAAGGGACUUGGCAAUCGAGUUCGGCAAGCAAUUGAAACACAUUCUACGAAACUCCUUCGAUUUCAACAUCUUGAUAGACAUGUGGACGUCUUCAGGCCAAAAGAGCCAAUUAGCCGUCAUGAUAUCAUUCUGCCCCAACUUGAAAACGGAGGCACGCUUGGAAACGAAUGACAUCGUUCUUGAAAAAUUCAAAACAUGCACGUACAUGAGUGAUCAGCGACACACAGGCGAUAAUCUUAAGACUGCUCUGCACGCAUGCCUCAGCAAAUAUUCUAUAAUCAGCGGCGUCACCUGGGUUGAACAAUAUUGCAAUGUUGGAAAUCUAGCCAAUGCUCUUGAACAGAUAUUCCAUGUAACUAGAUCCAGAAGCAUUGUCAAAAUGAAAUGUAUGAAACAUGGUUUUAUCGAGUGUUUAUUUAUUUGUUCCAAUCUUUCGAGGAUCGUGAAGCUCUCCGAUUAUACAAGCAGCAAUGUUUUCACUAGAGAGAUAGAACCCUUUGUUUUUUUCAUUUGCAUAACGCGCAUGUUUGAAGAACUCACGAUGCUUCCCCGAAAUGAUUUAACAAAGCCCAUCAGUCGUUGUUACGAAGACGUAGAGGGUUUGAAGAGCGGCGUAAUAUACAUUGAAACAGUUCAGGGAAUUGGUAGUGGAUCCAUUGACAUGCCAUCUAAGACAACAGUGAAUGAGGUACUUGCUGUAGUGGUAUGUUCACGUCCCAAAUUUGAAAAAUACAUGGCUUUUGCCUAGAGGCAGAUCAGCUUAAGGCGGCUUUCGAUGAAUUUGACCGAGCAGUAUGUGACGAGCUAUUGCAAACAGUUUUCGGACAGUCUUGAAGAUGAACUUCGGGGAAAGACUUCUGGACAAAAAAGAUUGAAGGCUACAUCAUUGAUUUCUGACCACGAGCAACAAACAAGAGUUGCUGGAGUUACUGCAGUACUGGGAGAAAGGGAAAUAUACUUAAAGGAGCCAUCUAAGAAAAACACUUUAUCGCUAGCGCUUUACAUUGCAAAGCUACGAACUGCUGAUGUGGACAGAUGCUUUUUCUUUAGGAAGAGGGUUUUAGGUACCAGAUUCAUGCUAAGAAGCUCGAAGCACGGUGGGAAGAUGGUUUUAGGUACCAGAUUCGUGCUUGGAAGCUCGAAGCACGGUGGGAAGAUGGUUUUAGGUACCAGAUUCAUGCUAAGAAGCUCGAAGCACGGUGGGAAGAUGGUUUUAGGUACCAGAUUCAUGCUAAGAAGCUCGAAGCAUGGUGGGAAGACGCUCUUCCAUCAGCAAGAGACUUUCAGACACCAUUCAUGCUUAGAAGCUCGAAGCACGCUGCAAAGAUGGUUUAUCUCCAGCAGAGAGUUCUUAAUAUCAGAUUCAUGCUCGAAAGCUCGAAGCACGCUGCAAAGAUGCUCUUUCUUCGGCAAAAGACUUCUCUGUCACCGCCAAUCACGUACCCCAACAUCUGCUCACAUAAUCACACUCCAAUUCUACCACACACGUCCUACAUCCACAGUGGGGUCAAAAACUAGCUUUGGAGUCACCGAGUGUACGACCUCCAUACCCAGAAUCACCGACAUCGGUUAG